ACUUGACCUUUGAGUAUGCGGAGAAAGAGAGGUGAAAGAAAGUGAACGGGUCCUCAAAGAAAGAUUAGGAAGAUGAGUGGUCGAAAGGUUGGCCAGAAGGCGUUUGACUGGGUAAAGAUAUCCUCCAGGAUACCUCGGGAGGCCAGGCCAAUGUUCAAUACCUUCAGGUCAAGACACGAAACAAACAAGGCAAACCUGUUAGCCUACACUGAGAAGCCAGAGGCCAUUAACUGGGACUUGUAUAGAAAGACCGUCAAUGUGCCUGGACUAGUGGACAAGUUUGAGAAGUCUUUUUCGUCGGUCUCUGUCCCGUACCCAAAGGACACUGGCACGGCUGAGAUCGAGAGCAAGAAGAAAACAAUUGAAGUACAAGUAGCUGAAGCUGUAGCAGAGUCAAAAAAGAAAAUAGCCCAACUAGAAACAGAGUUGAUCACAAUAAAUGCGGAGAAGUCGUAUGAAGACAUGACGGUGGACGAUUACCUCGCCGAUAAGCCUGCUCUACGUAAAAAGAUUGAUGACGACACAAGAAACCACGUCUGGUACCUUGGAAGAGACUAGACACACGACGUGUUUCAGACAGUUCAUAGAGUUAGAGCCUAAUUAUCAGUGCCUGUACUGUUAGCUAGAGAUCUCUUUGUUAAUAUUGUUGCACUGCAUGUUUGUUCAGUGAAUAUACAUACCUUUA